CUUGCUAACUUGGUACCCGUGAUUCAUGCGGAAGGAACUUGGGACUGCCGCUGGUUUUUAGCUUUGUUCAGAGCCAAAGUGCAGUGUGACGGAUCUCAUCAUGGCUCAGGAGUUUGUCAAAGCCCAAAUUAAAGGAGAUAAAGUGGUUGUCUUUCUGAAACCCUCGUGUCCUUACUGCGUGCUCGCCAAAGACGUGCUCUCCAAACACAGCUUUAAACCGGGACACUUGGACUUCAUCGACAUCACCAAGCAAAGCAACAUGGCGGCCGUUCAGGAUUAUUUACAGCAGAUUACCGGCGCGAGGACGGUGCCGCGUGUGUUCAUAGGUGAGGAGUGUAUCGGAGGAGGCAGCGACGUGGACGAGCUUGACAAAAGUGGAAAACUGAAAGGCAUGCUGCAGAAAAUUGGAGCACUGCAGUAACAAGAUGAAAGCGUUCCGGGAUGUCACAUGAUGCUGCAGCGGGACUUGCGCAGCUGCCGUCUGCGUUGCUGGUACUCGCUGAGCUCCUGCAGGUAGCCUCUGGAGGGCCAGCGCAGUCGUUCCACCUGGUCCCGCUCCUCCUCUGUCCAACAGCAGCACUGUGACCAUGAAGAAAACACAACGACACCCCCCUCACCCCCACCACAUACCCAUGCAGAACCUGUUCAUGUUAACCUCUUAACUUCCAUCAUGGAAACCUCUUAACCUCUAUCCUUUUAAACACUUAACCUUAUUUAGAUGCUAAAACUGCAUUAAGAAAAUGAAGGCUUUUUUUUUUUACAAUAUUACUGUAAAAACAUUGAAGACUGAAGUGCAUUGAAAUGCCUGUACUAAAUGAUAUAUAAAAAAUUAAAUGCAAAGAAUAAAAGAAGUGUGUAGCGCAUCUUUGUGCCCUGCUGAAAAUGUCACUGGCCCAGCAAUGCUAUUUGCAGGUCGAAAUUAUUGAUGUUACAGAUAUUCUGUAAAAUUAUUUUCACUGUAUUUCAUUCAGCACUGGAACACCACCUCACCCGAAAUCA